GGUUAUCACACAUGUUUAUUUUUAUUGAUCAAAAGAUGUGUUUGAUUGCAAUCAAACAAAAUGAAACCCGUGUUUGAACGUAACCCUAAGGAUUACCCGUGAGGAGCAUUUUGAUAAAAUCUGGGAUUACCAAGCAGAGAUAUUGAGGAGCAAUCCUGGAUCAACCAUGGAAAUUGAAACCAUACCAGGAGCCACGGUUGGAACCAAGCAGCGGUUCUACAGACUCUACAUGUGUUUCCAAGCACAAAAGGAAGCAUGGAAGAAGACUUGUAGGCCUGUUAUUGGCUUAGAUGGAGCCUUUUUGAAAUGGGACAUCAAGGGACAGUUGUUGGCUGCGGUUGGAAGAGAUGGAGACAAUAGGAUUGUCCCUAUUGCUUGGGCUGUAGUGGAGAUAGAGAAUGAUGCAAACUGGGAUUGGUUUGUGAAGCGUUUGGCCUUGGAUUUGGGAUUGGAAAAUGGGAACGGCUUUGUUAUAAUGUCUGACAAACAAAAGGGAUUAGUGAAAGCAGUUCAUACCCUCCUUCCAGAAGCUGAGCAUAGACAGUGUUGUCGCCAUAUCUACGAGAACUGGAGGAAAGGUGGAAAAGAUCUAAGGUUACAUAGGUUCUUCUGGAUUUAUGAUUUCGCCCAUUUAGGGUUUAUACCAAUCGGAGGAGAAAACACUGUCGUUUCUUUUUGAUUCAUUUAACUCGGAUUCAAAGAGAAUAAAAGAAACUGUGUUCGUAUAUCCAUUGCAAAGUCCACUAGCUCAGUGGCAAAAACCCCUACCAUUAAACCCGAGUGCACGAGUUCGAGUCGAUGGAACCCCAUCUUUUAAAUUAAAAAGUUAAUGUAAAACGCGUCGUUUCAUUAAUUUGUCUUUAACUCGGAUUCGAAGAAUAAAAGAAAUUGUGUUCGUAUAUCCAUUGCAAAGUCCACUAGCUCAGUGGCAAAAACCCCUACCAUUAAACCCGAGUACACGAGUUCGAGCCGUAGGAAACACAUAUUUUUAAUAACACAGCUAUAUAAACGACGUCGUUUCUCUUUAAUCAGACAAAGUGAUGAAACGACGUCGUAUACUUUAACACCCAAAAUUAACGUCCGCUUAAUUAACAGUUAACUCGGUUAACGGUGUGUUUAUCUGGUCAGUCAAUCGUAAGUUUCUUAAUAAACCCGAAAAGUCAACAAAAGUUCGGGAUUUUAUUGGCUAGCCCAUAUGUCCAGGUUUCUUUUGGCAAUUCCCGAAAAGUUCAGUGUUUUUUUGGCCGAUUUCUCGUUUAACAAAACAACUGAAUGAAACGACGUAGUUUCACUAAACGGCAGUAAUUAACGGUGAGUUAACACUGUCUUAACUGUCCGUUAACGGUGUGUUAAUUUGGUUAGUCAACCGUAAGUUUGUGAAUUAACUAAAAAAGUCAACAAAAGAUCAGAGUUUUAUUGGUCUGGUUCGAGUACAGGUUUCUUUUGGCAAUUCCCGCAAAGUUCAGUGUUUUUUUGGCCGAUUUCUCAUAAAAUAUCUAUGUUAUUUUAUUCUACGUUUUCACAUUUGUGAAAAAGAGAAGAUCAUUUAACAAAAAAAAAAAAAAAAAAAGAGAAGAUCAGUUCAAACAUAAAAGAGUUCCGCAUGUGACUAGGUGGAUUCUUAAGACAUGAGAGAAAGGUCGUGUUACUUGAUCCAUAUCAUGGUCAAGGAUCAUGCAACUUAUUAGGUCAAUUUUAUCGUAAUUUAGCCUUCCAACUACUCAGUAAUGGGUGUCCUUGCACCUGGUAGCGUGGUUACAAGCACUACCAAAUCAAAUCCAGAUAUUUGAAUCUUUGUAAGAGCGGAGCCAAACACCACUAAAACUAGUAUAAGGGACCACAUGUUAAACAAAGACGGGGAUACAAGAUUCGCCAAAACUACAUUUCACAUAUAAGCUACGAACUUCGUUUAAGCUAAAGUAUAUGUGGUCUUAACUCUUGUUCAUUCAAACCUUAUUGAACGAAUGGUUUCUUUUUAUCAAAAAGAACGAAUGGUUUUUAUUCCAGACAUUUAGUUACUAUGAUCGGAUUUAUCCAUCAUAUCAGAUCACGAAUGAUUUCUUAAAACUUUAUAACAUUUAUCAACCAUGCUAGUUCAAAAUAAUUGAGAAUAUGUGAUGGUUUUCAAAAACAACCAUGUUAAGAUUUAAAAAUAUCAUCAACUUUGAGUUGACCUAGUGGUAAAGAGGUUGCCUGCUGUAAAUAGGUUGUCUAUUGUAACUAUCGCCACGUAGAUUCAAUUCGCGCUAGAAGAUACUAUUUACAAUGUUUGGGUUCCAGACAAAGAGGUGAAACCACCUUAAAAAAAAUAAAAAAUUUAUCCACGACAGUUUUAUUUUACCAAAAAAAAUAUAUCGAGAUAUCAAAGUGGUCUAGUGGUUCUUUGAGAUUCUCAUAGACGGCCAGAGGUCGCAUGUUCGAUACUCUGUCGGCGCGGUGGUACUAUACCUCUCCAAAUAAAUCCUUCGCGGUUUCCUGGAUAUGGAGCCUUUCAGAGUGAGAUUAGUCACUAUAAAUAGUUUACCCACAAUAAUUUUAUUUU